GAAAUGUCCUUGUGUUGUUUUCUUAUUGUUUACUAGUGUCCGCUGUGUAACGUCGGAAGAGCCACGAAAGCUCCAAUAACUGAAUGUCUCGUAGCUAGUGCAUGAACCGUUGGUGCGGCAUCAGUGUCGGUUAUUCAAUUUGUGUCUUGUUUUCGUCCGAAAAUGAAUCGUUCGCGGGAUUUUUUAUUCGUUUGAGCAACAAUCGCCAGCGAUUGACGCACCGCCACCGCAAAAAGGCCGCGUGAGAACCGAUUAUCCUGUUUAAAAUUCGCCCGCAGUUACUGUUACGCACCGUGUAAGUGCACGAUGUCCGAGGAAGGGAUUGAGUGGCUGAAAGACAUCCUGCAGGACGUACAACUGAUACAGUUUUUGGUUAGGAUUAGGGAUGAUUUGCAGAUAACUAGGCUGGAACAUUUUGAUUUUGUCAAGGCUGAGGACUUGGAAAACAUAGGCCUCAGUAAGCCAGGUGUGAGAAGGCUGUUGGAAGCUGUGAAGAAGAAAAGGGCCCAACAGAAAAAAAGGAACUUGAUCAACAAAUUAAUACCUGUCAACAGAACUGGGACUAAUAAGAAGAAUGAUGAGAACAGCUCUAUAAGUGAUUUUACAUCUUGUCUGAUUCAAGAGAGCAACAUCACUUUAUCUGUGAAACUAGGAGAUGGAUCAUUUGGUGUUGUCAAAAGAGGUGAAUGGACCAGCCCGACGGGCAGAAUAUUGCCGGUGGCCGUCAAAGUCCUCAAGGCGGACGCUCUCAAUCAACCCGGCAUAUUCGAGGACUUCAUAAAGGAGGUGCAGGCGAUGCACGUGCUGAGCCACCCGAAUCUGAUCAGGUUGUACGGGGUGGUGCUCUCGCAGCCGAUGAUGAUGGUAACGGAAUUGGCACCGCUCGGGUCGCUUCUGGAUUAUCUGAGGAAACAGUGUCAGCACACGCCCGUGCCGAUUUUAUGCGAAUACGCCACUCAGGUUGCAACUGGCAUGGCAUAUUUGGAGAGCAAACGAUUUUUACAUAGGGAUUUGGCAUGCAGAAAUGUUCUGUUGUCUGCUGCCGACAAAUUAAAAAUAGGCGACUUUGGUUUAAUGAGAGCCUUACCUCAAGAAGAAGACUGCUACGUAAUGACAGAGCACAAGAAAGUUCCUUUCCCGUGGUGCGCCCCGGAAUCACUGCGAUCGCGACAAUUCAGCCACGCCUCGGACACGUGGAUGUUCGGCGUGACGGUCUGGGAGAUGUUCACGUUCGGCGAGGACCCGUGGAUGGGUCUCAUCGGUUCGGAAAUAUUGAGGAAGAUCGAAAAGGACGGCGAACGAUUGUACCAACCUGAGGCGUGUCCGCCCGAGAUUUAUGCCAUUUUACUGCAGUGCUGGGCCCGGAAUCCACAAGAACGACCCACGUUCGCCGCCCUCAAGGAGUUCUUCAGGAAGAACACCACUCCGGUCAUGAAGGCGCUGGGGAAACUGGACGAACCGGACAAGCUGAAGGUGCAGGAAGGCGACGAGAUCGCCAUCAUUGAAGGCAGCGCCGAUCUCUACUGGUGGAAGGGACAGAACCUGAAGACCUUCGAUAUCGGGCGGUUUCCAAGAUGUUUGGUGGACCCAAUGAGGCCAAAACAGCCGGAGGACAUAAGCAAACCUUUGCACAACUCGUUUAUUCAUACGGGACAUGGGUCAGCUUUUGGCGAGUCGUGGGGGAGUCCUGCCUACAUUGACGACAUGUAUUUAAAGAACCCAAUGGAGCCACCAGAUGUCACUGGAAUGCAAAGGGAGGUCAAACCAUCGCCACAACUCUCUGAUAGGUCUUCCAAAACUUCUUCCUCAAAAGUAAAUGGUUCCUUGCGAAAGCCCUCUGACAAACAAUUUCAAUAUAGAAAACUCUUUAAUGAAAAUGUAAUGCUGUCUAAACCCCAAAGACCACCUCAACCAAAAGUGGACACAACAAGAGAAGGUGUUCUGGUGGAUAUUUCUCCAGAAGAUGUAGUUCCAACAGCCAGGAUGACGGAUAUUGGCAAAAGCACCACCAGCACCGUUUCACUAAUUGAUGAACCCAUAGAUGCACCACAAGAAGAUUACUGGUCGGACAGACCGCCAUCGGUGAACAGUGCACCACCUCCAUAUCAACAGCCGCCUUCUUACUAUAAUACCUCAGCGUUCUCACAGGACGCCUCAGAAAUCGACCCCUUCGACACCUCCUCAGUUUUAAAUCCCCCUGAGCCUAGAUUUUAUUCUCGGGUGUCUCCAAUUCCUACAGUAACUCAUGACAACAACGCCAAAAUCAUGGAAAACAUACAGAAAAUAAAAUCUAUGAAGCAACAAGAACCUAGUUAUAUACAGGGUGAUAUAGCAAAUAGAAUGAGUUUUAUACAUACUCAAACCGACAAUAAUAUUGCCGUUUCCAAGAAUGUCACAACGGCGCACAAAGAUUUAGCUUUGGCUGUGGCCGGUAGCAGUAAUGGACUGAAAGAGCAGGACCUUGCCAAUGGAAUGCACAAUUUGACAGUAAGUGAUGAAGCCAGCAAAGAAUUCGUAUCCGAACUGGAGAACUAUUUGGUGACCAAAAAAACCAAUGAUAUACCAACGUUGCAGCCGCCUCCAAAGAAAAACAAUUACAGCCCUAGCAAAAGCCAAAACAAUGGUGUCAACACCUUGCCAAAGGUACAGAACGGUACGUACGCCAAUAUUGCCAAGAACUACGACUCGAAUACCAGAAACGAAACCACCAAAGUACUAAACAAAAUCUGGUACGAAACGACCGUCAAGCAAAACGGGAACGUCAAAGAAACCAACAAAAACCGUUACGACACCGAAGAAAACAGAGAGAGGGAUGUUUACGUGGUCAACUCGGAGUUUGGGCAGUUCAAGAGCAACAGAAGAUACGAUCCCGUGUACGGCUCAGUCAGCUCCACCUACGAUCCGACUUAUUACGCCACCACUUCCAAUUACAAUCCGUACAACAAUGUGCCCGCCCAAACUCACAAUCCGGGGAUCUACGAAGCACAGCCCGCUGUGGCGGUGUAUUCCAACGGCUCCACCUACAACACCUAUAGUUCACAAGUAGGCGUUUACGGUUACGGCAGCACGGAACGUAACGACUACAGCGAACCGCCGGACGAGAGCGUUUACUCGGAGAUUUCGGACAGAUUGUACAGCCAAGUGCCCGACGAGACGCUCAAGCCCCACAGGCCUGCGCCUGCGCAUCCGCUGAGUAUGCAGCAGAUACAAAGGAAAAUUCAGCAGGGUCAGCUAAGCGCCGACGCCGAACGACUCAUGACUCCCGAGUACCGGAGCAACAAGGUGAGUCAGGUCCGGGACUGCGUGCCGGACGUUAGCACCGAGGAGAUACUCUCGAAGUUGCAGUCGUGCGGUUGGGACAUCACCGCCACAAUUAGGUCGCUCAAACUGGAUAAACUGGUGAAACUGGGAAUGGCGAACAGGACGCAAUGCGAGGCGGCUCUGCAAAGGACCAAUUGGAACGUGGAGUUGGCGGCGUCCGCCAUUCUGGACACAUGAACGGUUGACAAUUGGAUUUGAAAUAAUUAGUAUAUCAGCAUAUUAAUCGUGCCAAAGAUAACAAGUUAAACUGCUUAGUCUUAAGUCCAUUAUCAUUACCCAUUUAGGGGCCAUAAAAAUGAUUUAUAUUACGAAAAAUGUUCUCAAUUAGCCAUUAUGAAAACUUGUAGGAAAAUAUUUAUUUUAUUUUUGCUUCAUUUAAUGUUGAAACAUAGACUGAUUUUAACUCGUAUCCGUGACUGGCGGAACAUUCCUUUUAGUGAAUUUGAUAUUUACAAUUACGAUUUACCUUAAUUAACUUUGAUAUUUGAUGACUUGUAGUAAUUUCAAUGCUUUCUAACACAUGAACAAAUUGAUAUGUUAUGAUGGUACCUAUCAAGAAUAAUGUAUGUACCUGAGAGGAAACAAAUGUAGCUCUCUUAGAUCUUUUUUAAAAUAAUCUAGAACAAAUAUACUUUACAAAUAAGUUAUAUAAUUCAUUAUAAUAAUCUUCUUAUAUUUAAAAUAAGGUUUUGUACCCCUGAACGUUGACUCUAACUUAUUAAAUAUUACAUUAAUGUUGUCAUUAUACUAUAGCUAACUCAAUUUAAUAGUUGACUCCAUUCUAGUAAAUUUUAUUGUACUUACAUCCUUGUAUGGUCAAGCGAUUGCAAUAAAUAUAACGAUUCUUGUGAUAAAAAAGGAAUGGAAAUAUGUAUGUAUAUUUUUGAUGCACUGUUAUUUUCCCUUUUAUUGUAAAUACUUACGUAAGUUCAUCGCCCGUUGUUUUUACAUAAAAAAUGUAAUAUUUUAUGUAUUUAGUUGUAUAUAAUAAUCGCUAGGAUAAUAAAAUUAUUUUUCUAAA